AUGUCUAUCUACGUCAACGAAUUUACCGGUAAGGACGACCGUUCCGCCACUGGUUCCGAACUGGCGCCGUACGAAUCGGCCGCCUUUGCUUUAUUUACCCACCCAGAAGCCAAGCUUUUCACAUACAAAAAGUCCGAAGAGGGCGACGCCUACGCUGAGAUCUCCGCCUCAGCCUUGAAGAAAGCCGUUAAGGGCGCCGAUGGCUUGAAGAAGAAGGCCGAGAAGGCCGCCAAGGCUGAGGAGCAGAGAGCCGAGAGAGAAGCCAAGGAGCUUGCGCAGAAGAUGGAGGCGAUGAAGAUCCAAAUCGUCGAAGACGCUUCCCUUCCAAAGGCCUCCCGCAUCAAGAUCAGACAGGCAGGUGAGUCAGUCGCCACCAGAGUCAAGGUUUCUGGUUGGAUCCACAGAUUAAGAGUCCAGAAGGGGUUGGUCUUCAUCGUCUUGAGAGAUGGGAGCGGCUUCCUCCAGUGUGUGCUCUCUGGCGAUCUUGCCAACGCCUACCAGACCUCUACGCUCACUGUGGAGUCCUCUGUCACCGUCACCGGUGUCGUCAACAAAUUGCCAGAAGGCAAGUCUGCCGCCGGUGGUAUCGAAUUGGUGGCUGACUUCUACUCCAUCAUUGCCCUUGCACCAUCCGGAGACGACGCUUUCACCAACAAGGUUGCCGAGGGUGCCGACCCAUCUUUGUUGUUGGACCAACGCCACUUGGCCUUGAGAGGUGAAUCUCUCUCUGCCGUUAUGAAGGUGCGUGCUGCGUUGCUCAGAUCCGUCAGAAGAGUGUACGACGAGACCCAUAUCACCGAGGUCACCCCACCAUGCAUGGUGCAGACCCAGGUCGAGGGUGGCUCAACCUUGUUCGGUUUACAAUACUACGGUGAGGAAGCCUUCCUCACCCAGUCCUCCCAAUUGUACUUGGAAACCUGCUUGCCAGCUUUGGGUGACGUCUACUGUAUCCAGGAAUCAUUUAGAGCCGAAAAGUCCCACACAAGAAGACACUUAUCUGAAUAUACGCAUAUCGAGGCCGAAUUGGGUUUCUUGGACUUCCAGGACUUCCUUUCCCACAUUGAAAUGGUGCUCACCAAGUCCAUCCAGUACGUGUUGGAAGACCCAGUUGCCGGCCCGUUGGUGAAGCAAUUGAACCCAGACUUUGUGCCUCCACAGAUGCCGUUCAAGCGCAUGGAAUACGUUGACGCCUUGGAGUGGUUGAACGAGCACGAGAUUCCUAACGAGGACGGUGAAAAGUUCAAGUUCGGUGACGACAUCGCCGAGGCCGCUGAGAGAUUGAUGACCGAUACCAUUGGGGUUCCAAUUCUCUUGAUGCGUUUCCCGUUGGAGAUCAAGUCUUUCUACAUGAAGCGUUGCGCCGAUGACCCACGUCUCACCGAAUCUGUGGACGUUUUGAUGCCAACCGUUGGUGAAAUCACCGGUGGCUCCAUGAGAAUCGAUGACCACGAAGAGUUGAUGGCCGGCUUCAAGAGAGAGGGCAUCGACCCAGCCACGUACUACUGGUAUACCGACCAGAGGAAGUACGGAUCCAUCCCACACGGUGGGUACGGUUUGGGGACCGAGAGAAUUUUGGCCUGGUUGUGCAAGAGAUACACCGUUAGAGACUGUUCUUUGUACCCAAGAUUCACCGGCAGAUGCAAGCCAUAA